AUGCCCUUCUCAGUCACCAUGCUACUUUCCAGGCCGCUCCAGCGCGCCCUCCCCGCUGCUGUCUCGCCACAGGCACGCGCCUCCUACCUUGCCCUCUACAGCAUCUCGCGCGCCACCCGCCUGCCACUGGCCCUGCCGCUGUCACACACGCGCAAGUCGUCGAGGUUCCAUCGAUCCGACUUUAGCGGCCAGGGCUUCUCUUCCUUCUAUGAGCCAGACCAGCCAACCCGGGGCCCGCUGGGCGGCGCAAGCAGUGUGGGUGCUGGGGUCAUCACGCCCAAGGUCCUCCGCCAGCAUCUCGACCAAUUCGUUGUCGACCAAGAUCGCGCAAAGAUAGUCCUGAGCGUGGCAGUCCAUGAGCACCAUCUGCGCAUACAGGAGCUCAAGCGACAGCAGCAGGAGCAGGCGAGAUUGGAGGCACAGGCCCAGAGGAGGGCAUCCGUCUUCCGCCAUCCUGUAGAAGACGAGUUUCCAGGCCAGCAGUCUACCGUAGAAUUGCACAACCACAAUGACCCCCAAUCGUUCAGCGAAGCCCCAGCAUAUCGGCCGGCAUCAGACUCCCCGGCAGACCCUGACUCGUUACUUGACACCAGCGACCACCAGCUGCUGAUAGAAAAAUCCAAUGUGCUCAUACUCGGCCCAACAGGUGUAGGCAAAACACUCAUGUGCAAGACACUGGCAAAGACACUGGGCCUGCCCAUCUCCAUGUCUGACUGCACAACCUUUACCCAAGCUGGAUACAUUGGUGAUGAUGUGGAAUCAUGUGUAGCUCGUUUGUUCUCUGCUGCAAACUAUGACAUUGAAGCGACCGAGCAUGGCAUCAUAGUGCUGGAUGAGAUUGACAAGAUUGCCGGCACAAAGAUAUCAUACGGCAAGGACGUUGGUGGAGAGGGUGUCCAACAGGCCCUCCUCAAGAUCAUCGAGGGUACUACUGUGCAGGUGCAAGCCAAGCCAGAGAAGAGCGCCAACAGACCCGGCGGCACUGGUAGAAUGGACACGCCUCAACCUCCCGGCCCAGGAGCAAGCAAAGGCGAGGUCUUCAACAUUCGAACUGACAACAUCCUCUUCAUAUGUACCGGCGCAUUCUCGAAUCUCCACAAGAUCAUCCUCGACCGGAAAUCUAAAAGUGGCAUGGGAUUCGGAGCGUCAAUACGGUCAUCUAGCGCACACGCAGCCGCUGACGGUACCAUGUUGAGAGGUCCAGAGGCCGAGUUGUUCAAAAAGGACGCUCCCUUCUUUGUCCCACCAAAGUCAGACGUGCCAAACCCCUUUGGCAUUAGACAGGUCGUAAAGGAAGACAAGGUCAAUGUUCUCGACCAUGUGCAGCCAGAAGACUUACAGAAAUUCGGCAUGAUUCCUGAGCUCAUUGGCAGGAUACCCACUGUUUGUGCAGUGGCAGCUCUAGACGAAGACGCCCUGGUUCGCGUACUCACUGAGCCCAAGGACAGCCUCAUUCGACAGGAGGAGCACAAGUCGUAUCUUAGGAACAUUGAGCUGCGCUUCACAACUGGAGCUCUGCGGGAAAUUGCACGCAAAGCCAGCAAGAUGGGUACUGGUGCUCGUGGGCUACGACACAUUGUCGACCAGCUUCUCCUACAAGCCAAGUACGAGACACCUGGAUCAAGCGUCAAGCACAUCCUCGUAACGCAAGACGUCGCCCUCCUCAAGCGCGCACCACUCUACUUCCACCGAGGCCAAUCCGCCGCCUUCGAAGCCACACACGCACAAGAAGAAGAGAAAUGGGAGGAAGAGCUUCGUCGCCACGAAGACCCAUCCAUCCUCAUGGUCAACAACUUCCAGGAGUACAGGAAAGCUGGUGCUGCAGGCUUUUAG